AUUCAGUGUAAGCAUCCCGUAGUGACCACCGCAGAAAGAUCCGCAAGCCUUUUCACCUCUGCGGCAAAAGUUGGAUACUGCAAUGUCUUCGGACAAGGCUAGCGUUGUCGAAUAUGUAGAUCAUCCUUCAAAGGACGAUCUACAGAAGGCGGAGAGUGAUCUGCCCGUCCAUUCCGAGCUGGCGGCAGUAUUGGCGAAGGAGAAGCCGCGUCCAUGGUCGAGAAGCAUGAUAAAACUCUAUCUGAUCGUGUUUGUUGCUUAUCUGUGCUCGGCCACCAACGGCUUCGACUCGAAUACUUUCGGAGGGGCGUCUGCAAUGACCAGCUUUGAAGACUAUUUUUCCGUGCAUGGCGGGUCCAAGCAAGGUCUUAUUGCAGCCUCAUACGUGAUAGGAAACAUGGUAGGGUCUCUCGGCGCUGGCCAGAUCUCCGACAAGUGGGGGCGCCGGUACGGCAUGGGCAUUGGUUCCUUCAUUUGUCUGGUCGGCGCAGUGUUUCAAGCGGCGGCCCAUAAUACUAACUACCUCAUUGGAGGCCGUGUAGUGCUCGGUCUGGGAGCCGUGAUUGCGCAGACAGCAGGCCCCGCAUAUGUCGUCGAAAUGUCGCAUCCUGCCUAUCGAGGUGUCAUGACUGGAGCAUAUCAAGCGAACUUCUUCCUUGGGACCAUCAUCUCAACAUGGAUUGAGUUCGGUUUGUCAUACGUGCCUGGUAACCCAGAUUUCCAGUGGAGACUGCCCAUGGGCCUUCAAGCUCUUCCAUCCAUUCUGGUCCUGAUGUUCAUUUGGUUCAUCCCGGAGUCGCCACGUUGGUAUAUGGGCCAAGGGAAAGACGAGAAGGCGCGGGAAAUCCUAACAAAGUACCACAGUGAGGGGAAUAUGGACAGCGAGAUCGUCCGACUGCAGAUGAAGGAAAUGAAAGAAGUCAUCGAGGUCGAGAGUGGUACAGAUAAACGGUGGUGGGAUAUCCGGGGUCUUUUGCGGACGCGAUCUGACCGUCAUCGAUUCUUUCUCGUCUUGUGCAUCGCAUUCUUUGGACAGUUGGAUCUGCCACCAACCAGUUACUACUUCCCUCUCAUGGUUGAAUCGGCUGGUGUCACCAACGAGCACAUGGUUCUCAUGCUUAACGCUUUGCAAACACCCAUUAUGAUGAUCGCAGCCCUAAGUGGACUGCGGUUCAUUGAGAAGUGGGGCAGGCGGCCAACGCUUAUGCUCAGCUCGACCGGCAUGUCGUUCUCAGUGGUAGUCAUCACGGUAUGCACGGCGUUGACACCGACGCAUCCACAAGCAGGCGUUGUCGGCAUUGCUUUUCUGUAUGUGUUCUUGAUUGUCUUCGCCUUCGUUUGGACGCCUAUGCAAUCGUUGUAUCCGGUGGAGGUGCUAUCAUAUAAUAAUCGUGCAAAGGGCCUCGCCGUGAUGAACCUGUUUGUAAACGCGUGUGGUCUCUUCAACACAUAUCUGCCGCCAGUUGCCAUUGCAAACGUUGGAUGGAGAUUCUACCUGUUUUAUGCAUCGUGGGAUGCCUUGGGCGUGAUCGUGAUCUAUUUUACGUUUGUCGAGACUAAGGGACGAAACCUUGAAGAGAUAGAUACUAUAUUCCAGUCCCAGCAUCCUGUGAGGGCGUCACUCGAGAAGCAAUGAGAUCAUUGACUGUCACUUUCAGACUCCAUCAUGGGGUGUCCUUUUCGUCGUGUUUCGUAUUUGUUUCAUUUGUGUCCAUAGCAUACUAUCACUGGCCCUGCAAUGCAACUGCGACAGUAACGCAAUUCACGUUGUCCAGAGCUUUCCUCAUCCCACAAAAAUCUGAAAAUUUCACUGUAUAUGGCUGUAAACAUGAUGACUAUGUCUACUGAGU